AUGUCGUCGCGAAGACACUCGGUCAUGAACCUGUUCCGGACGGAGGAAGACCUCUCUCGCUUCUACGUCGAGCCUCCCAAGGACCACAUGGACCCCAAGGCAGUCAAGAAGGUUCCCCGGUACAUCCAAACAAGCGAAGAUGUGUACAAGUGCUUUCGGGCAUACUAUGGCCCGCGAUCGGGAACCUACCCUGUGAUCGUCGUCCUCAAAUAUCUCGAGUACAAGGAGCACAAGGGCCGACUUUCGGGCGACGACACGGUCAACGGGGUGCCGACAUCGGUCAAGCACAAGCUCGAGGUGCUUGAACACAUGUUUCCCCGUCAUGCCGAGACGUUUGCCAUUGUGCGCCAGGCCCGCGGCAUGAACCGCUCGCGUGUCAUCACCAACAUGGUCUGGCCGCCCAAGUGGGCUUGGGACCCGAACAACAAGGUCGUCGUCCCUGCCCUACCUCCCCCUCCCCCGGUACCCCCACCCCAGCCGAGCUUGGCAAUGCGACAAGCCGAGGCGGCCCUAGAGACUGCUUCGGAAACCGAAAGCAGUCGCAGGCGUAGAAGCAACAUGCGCCCAACGACCUACUACGAUGCCAGCUCAACCGUCGACGGUGAUGGGCGUGUCUUGACUCCCUCCGAGAUUCUGAGGCUCGAGAGCGAGCGGAGCGCGUCACACCUAUCGCUGGCGUCCUUUUCUGGUAUGCCCAACGUGCCGCCUACAGCGGAUGGCACGCCAGCCCAAUCAAGACAGCCUUCGAGUACAGCACCGAGCACGAUUGAGAGCACGGAUAGCAGUGGUCUCCACACGUCUAUAGACACCAAGAUCAAGAAGCGGGGGAGCAGGUUCUUCUCCUUCUUUGGCGGAGGCAGGUCUCGCUCCGAGUCCAACCUCGCGGCUCUUGCAAGCGACCCCUUUGGAUCCACAGGCCCGCAACUGGCUCCUCCUUCCACCACAAACCUGGGCCGGGUGCGCACACCGUCCACACCGCUUUCUUCGAGAACGGCGGGGCCGCCUUCACCCGGCAGCUCGUCCCUGCGUGUGCCGGCCAGCGGGCCGCUCAGUCCCCUCACACCACCCGGCACCGACAAGAGAGCCAGUUGGGUGCCUGCGACUUCUUCACCGCUUGCGAAGAGUAGAUUCACCCCCGCUAUGCCCACGCCCACGCCCACAAUGCCCAGCAUCGCAGACGCCCGGUCCCGCACUACCUCGAUAGGGAGCACAGCCACAAGGCGGCGUGCGCCUCCGCCAGGGGCCCCUCGACAGGAUCAGCUCGGUAUGAUCACGCCCACCCGAAGCGUGACAGAACCAGCCCGUCCGAGGUCGGCCUUGCCAACCGUGGAACAAGGUGGGAGCCCGAGAGACUCUGUCUUGUUCAGCAAGAAUCAUGCCAGGAGAGAGUCUCUGGUGUUCACCUCCGAGCCGGGCCGACCGAGAGAGUCUGUUGUGUACACCUUUGUGGAUCCCCUCCCCGGAGAUGAAGACUACGGGCUUCCUCGAGUGGCACAGGCGACGGACCUCAACUUCGAGACCCCCUCCAGCGCAGAAGACCCACCGCCAGCACCUAUCCCGAUGUCGCGAGAGGCAGCAUUUGUGAGGGACAGGUACGCCGCCGCCAACGCGGUAGCCCAAGCCAGUCGAGCCCAGCACGUCUCAGGACCUCCGCAGCCGGCUGGUGGGGAUGUGUUUGGACAGCCCAAUGGCACUACCGCCGGCAGGCAAGGUCGACUCAGGCAGUCGGUGGCACCUCAGACCAUCUCCCCACAGCAAGGUCGAAUUCGCAUGUCAACCGGCCCUCAAGCCCUUGACGGUACUCCAUCGCCCUCACCAACGCAGCCGCUGUACGCCUCACGCCGAACGCCUACCGGCCGGCCGUUGCAUACUAAGGCUUCAUCACUCUCGGCGACCAGCGUCAAAUCAGAAACGGAAUGGUCUUUCCUCAUGCACAACCAAUUCAUGCCCCAGAACUCGACGGACGAGCCACCAUCGCCUACCUCGACGGCUCGUUUGGCAUACGAGGAAUCGAGCCAAGGCCACGGUCACAGACGCAGCAACACCGCGACCGGGUCCGACUUUACCAUCCCACCUGUUCCGCCCUUGCCCAGUUCGUUGGCGUGGCAGUCGCCGCCUGCUCCCCCUCCCCCUGUGCCGCCCAUUCCCGAACUGGAGCGUAACGAGCGCGUUGCCAGCGCGACCCCAACCCCGACCCCGCUCGACAUCCCCAGCAGCUUGCCCGUUACGCCCGACUCGCCGAGCUCGCCAGGCUCACCCCUGCAGCUGCCGAACCAGCUGGCGCACCAGCGCAAACCACGCCCCGUCCUCCACAUUGACAUUCCCGUCAAGACGACGGCGGCACCCAUCAUCCUGCCCAGCGUUCCCUCGGCGGGCUCAAGCAGAACGGUCACCGCCGUUCAAAAGCCCUACUCCGAGGGGGACGUGGACCGCACUGCGGUCGAGCACCCGGCCGACGCAAACGCCGGGUACGCCGACGUGCUCCUGUACAGCCGUGUGGGCGACUACCCCCGAGCGUAG